CCUAUUCAAUUUUGGGCGGAGUAGUUCUUACUACAGUAAGCGGGUACAGCGGUAUACAAAAUUCGCUGCUCCAAAAACCGCAAAGCUUGGAAGUUACAACGGUGGUUGGUUGACAUGGCGGUUAUACCAUCGGAAGCGGAAUCCUCCGCUAACAAAAACCUCCUCUCUCUCUUCUACUCCGAUUUCCUCCGUAAUCGACUCUCCGCUUUCCAUUUAUUCUCUCCUACAAACUUCCUCUCAAACCUCACUUCUCCAUUCAGAUCAUCCCGCCGUCGAGAAUGUCUCCCUCUUCCCUUACCUUCCCACUCCCUCGACUCUUCUAUGAACAAUUCGAACGCGUCUAGAGUUCACGCUGUUUUGGAAGAUGUAUUAGAACGUGUUUUGAUCAAUUUGCAUAGCAUUCAGAAGAAUCUCCAGUUUUGGCAAUCCAGAGCCGAGAAAUCAGAUAAUAGGAAAGCUUAUUUCAUGGUUUUUGAGAGAGGUCCCAGUGCUUUUAUUGGUGAGACUGUAAAAUUGUUGCGCGGCCGUGCUGCUCAAGGUUCUUCCUUACAGCAUCUAUGUCAAUCUGCAUCUGUUUACAUUGAUGAGAGAGUAACUGUUCUCAGUUGCUUAAGAUCUUCACUGGCGAUAUUCUUGGCUCAGAUAUAUGUGGAAGUUGAUAGAGUUGGAGAGCAGUUAAUAACAGAUCCAGAGAAUAAGCUUCCCCCAUUGUUGGUUACAAUUAAUGAUUUGUUCUCAACAUUAGAAGCUUCAAUUGGACAUCUACAUGCAACGCGUCAGAGUGAUUCAUCUGUUGAUGGGACUUAUUCGACUCCCCUGCUGUUUGAGAAGCUGCCAGAAAUAAAUCACGAAGGGUCCCAAUGGACAGAUUGUGAAAUCAGAGAUGCUAUCAAUUCUGUUUAUCAGAAUUUAGACAAGCUGGAAUCUUACAUAUGUUUCCUUGUUUUCAAACAUAGAAAGCCAAAAAAAAUAACCCAACAUUGGGUCCACUAUGCAUGUGGUGCCGUUGGUCUCUCAUUAUGCUCCCUUUGGCUCUUACGGCAUAGUAGUGUGAUGGGAAGUUCUGAUCUUGAUAAUUGGAUUCAUGAAGCAAAGGACUCAACAGUUGGCUUUUUUAAGGAUCAUGUAGAACAACCGAUUUUGGCCAUCAGAGAUGAACUUUUUGAGACGUUCAGGAAGAGGCAUCAAGGUAUUAUGGACCUUGAAGAGGUGCGGUUGACUUCCAACUCAUUGCACAGAAUGUUGUUGGCUUUCAGUGAGCAGACAAAGGGUCAGAAAUUUCCAGUGAAUGCCUCAGAUCAGGAAAUGCUUGAGAUAGUCAUGGACAGAUAUGAGAAGGAACUAAUGCAUCCUAUUCAAAACCUUCUCAGUGGAGAGCUGGCUCGAGCUAUGCUUAUUCAGGUUCAGAAGCUGAAACUGGAUAUUGAGACUGCAAUGCUGGAGCUGAAUCAAAUUCUACGGGCAAAUGAAAUCAACUUUGCUAUUCUGGCUGCGUUACCUGCCUUCUUUCUCUCCCUUUUACUCAUUAUGUUAGUACAGGCCUGGUUCAAACAGGAUACAAAAGCUGAGGGAAGGGGUAGAAUUGCUCGGAUUCAAAGGAGGCUACUUGUUGUAGAGGUUGAGAAAAGGAUUAUGCAGUAUCAAAAUUAUGUAGAGCAAGGUUUGGAGAGAGAAGCAAAAUGUAUGUUUGGAUUGGUGCUUUAUAGCUUGGAUCGCCUGUACAGUUCGGUCAAGAGACACGCAGAAGCUUCUGGAGAGUGGCAUUGCUUGCGACAGGAUAUAAUUGAUUUGGCUAGACCUGGCCUGCAAACUGCAUACAAGCUCACUGUGACAUCACGCAUGGAAAAUGUCUACGACUGCUUACUUCCAAUUCUUAAUCGCCGGUAGCAAAUUUUGGUUUACUCUUGCACUAAAUUGUUAAGGAUGUUUCUCUUGCUCCUUUGAAACCCAAUUUUGUUGUGGAUGCUAUGCCCUAGCUUUAUUAGGUAGCAAGUGGUAAAAUCACUUAUACUUUUGUGUAUAAUCUGAGGCACAACGAUGGUUACUGAAUUGAGUACUCAAAUGAACUCUCUGGGUACUUCUGGGUUACGAUGGGCAUUGGAUCCUUUAUAGAUUUUGAUCUUUAAGCCGCGUAUAUCGAAAUUCAUCACAUGAGUUAGA